AUGUUGUUGGUUACGCGGACCAAAGACAACACGGAUUCGCCUCUUCAGGAGAACGAAGAUCUGGGUCGGUUGUUGAAUUUCAAGCAUCGCCUUGGCUUCGCUAGCCAUGAUGAUAUCACCAAGCUGGGGAAUAUGGAAUCGUCGCGUAGCUCUGGUACUAUAGCAUCCACCGAAGCCGUUGCUACAGCAACUCGCAAGCCUUCCGUGGUAUUUGCUUUGGCUCAAACUACCCAGCAGGGCGAAGCUGAGCUGCCUCCUGCGACGCGUACACGAAGUUUGACAUCGCCCUCUCUUCCCAGUGAAGAGCAGCCGACGGUUCCAAGCGUUGACCGCUCCCUUAUGACAUCCAAGAAACGCUCUCGAACGCUCAGACUCAAAGGGUCUCACCAGCCUCUCACCAUCGACAUCCAUGGAGCAAACUUGGGCCCAUCCUCAGUCUCUGUCGACGCAAAUAAAGUCCCGAACAACAUUGACACCAAGCCAUCGCCUGAAUUGACUGAGCAACAGCAACGCACUUUACGCCGAAGGAAACAUCUUAAUCGACCCCACGACCCCACCCCAGACCCCAAUAUUGACAAUAACGCCCCCGACUAG